AAGAUUGUUUAUGAACCUGAUAAUGGCGAGGAUUAUGCAGCCCUUUGCUCGCCACAGGUGCCCUUCACUGAUUGGCUGUUUGGUGAUGAUUGGCAGAAACAACUUAAGGACAUUGGCGAUAAGAACAAAAUAGACGCUCGUGUUUUUCCCAGUCACAAAUCUUCGUGUCAUGGGAACUCUGGUAGCUUUACUACUACCCACAGUCACACCUUUAAUAUUAAAGGCGUCGGAAAAAUUGCGGGGCCAGAGUUUCUCCAAGAGGAGGAAAGGCUCACAAGGCAGGCAUCAGUGUACACACAGAUAAAUAGUGCACACAGAUAA